AUGGAUGAUAUCAUUAUCGAUAUCGAGACGUCUGCCUUCGAGAAGCCGCUUAUUCGCGUAGGCGCUCCGUCCACAAGCCUCACAGGCAGUCGCAGCGCAUCGUUGCCUCCCCUACCUACUUCACCUCACUCGGAACUAGAUUGUCGAUCAGGUGGUGCUGGGCGGCGGCUCGGUCGGUAUCUGCCACCCCCGCCACCUUUAACGCCACCUUCUCUGGCAGCGUCAUAUCCGCUCGAGGAAGUCCAGUUUGAUCAUGAUGCUUUUCGGGUAGGCAAGUUGGAUAGUUCAUCAGACGUCUCUUUCAUCCACCAGCCAAACCCCGACUACACAGCAGAACUCGAAGGUCUCGAUGCCACAACUUCUGCCUUGAUACCCCUCCCCCCUCGCAGGCGAAAUUACACAAAACUUGUAGUUGUCGGAAUCUCCGCGGCGCCUGCUUCAGCAGUGCCUUCUCAAAAUCAGCCGAUGCUGGUAGAACGUGAACACGACGAUUUAGCAGACGUGUACGCUUCUACUCUACACCAGCCUCCGGCUAAGUCACGGCAACGGAGUACGCCCGCAUCGCCGAAUGAAGACAUGGGCAGAGAAAUAGGGCUUCAAGGUGAAAUCAUCUCGACGCUGGAUGACCAGGGAGCUGGCUGGAAACGACACACACGGGUAUACGGCGGUGGUGUAUGUUUGGCAUGUCUAGCUGCUGAGGGUGGUAGUCGCUAUUUUGCAGGAACGGGAGCGCCAAAAGAUUUGCAGUAG